AUGUACUAAAGUGUUCAGUACACCCUUCCAACAAAGAAACCGUUUUUAUUGUCAUGACGUAUGGGCAUCCAUAACAACGCCGUCAGAGAAACCGCAACAGCUCCGAUCUAUAAUGCAGCUUACUCAAGAGUUAACGGACAACAAAAGGAUUAUCUCAAAAUGAUCACCUUGAACUGAAAUGGGAAAUCGUUACGCCCGGGUCUAAAAUAAAAGGGUUCAAAUGCCUGAAUUACAUCUAACUUUUUCGUGACUCCAUCAUAUUUAAGGCUUGGUCACUUAGCUACGUCCUCCCCUGUCGGCUUGGUAACCUCACACAGAGAUCCACUACGCAUGCGCAGACAAGUUUUUUUUGCUUGAUUGCAUCCCGCCAAGAACGAGUUCUCAAACGUCUUGGUGGAUGAUAUAACAAAAGACAUGGCCGCCAUGCUGGAUGAUAUAACAAAAUACAUGGCAGCCAUGUUGGAAGAUACAACACAAGACAUGGCAGCCAUGUUGGAAGAUAUAACAAAAGACAUGGCCACCAUGUUGGAUGAAAAAAAGAUCUCAAAGCGUGACGCUUCUAGUGCUCCACGUCAAGAAUACCGUAAAUUCCCACGGUAGAUUAUAUUAUUCAAUUUUCUGUUUUGAAUGGAGUUAGUACAGAUUUAGUGGUAGUUCAUUAUGAGUACAAAACCGCGUCUUUAACCUGGUGUAGACCAUUACCUUGUGGCUGUAUGUAUUUGUAUUCUAGCCGACGACGUUCAUCUAAACCGAGUAAGAAACAAUUAAACCUCAACCAUUUGCAGUAACAACAACAAUGACAGCAAAACAUCAACAACAGUAAAAAGAACAACAACGAGAUCAACAACAGCUGUAAGGAAAAAACCAAAAACAACCACACCAACAUUGGCAGCAGCAAAACGAUCUCAACAACAACUUAACGAAUCGUGACGAGAGCAGCAAUGACAGUAACAGCAAGCCAAUGAACAGAAGCAGAAGUAUUAAACAACAACAACAACAACAGUCUGUCAGUUGAGUCAGUACAUCCCUAUCGUUAUUUACUUGGAGUGUUUUUCUCAACUCUGUGUCUGAUAUAAUAAACGUAAAAUAUAACGUCCUUCAAAAGUCUGCAAUUAAAUACUAUUCUUUCAAGAAAGCUUAGCUCAAAUUUAAUUAAUUACUGCGUCCGAUAUCUAGAUCUCCUGUCUAAUGCUGAGGAAGUCGACUAGUCAGAUUGAUAUCUGUCCCUAAGGGCAAAUCGUUGCGUUACAAGGAUAGGUGGGCUCAGGUCCAAGGAUACUUCAACACUUGAGGUUUUCGUGUUAUUUUGCUGUACAGUCGUGCUGGUAGAGCAAGUACGCUGUUGAUUUUUGACAUUCUUUACGUUCCAUUCAAACAAAAGACUGAUUGAAAUCCUCUCAAUAAAAACCUAUCUAAAGUAAAUUGGUAUUCCACUACAAUCCUCCACUUGACCUUCACAAGGGUUUAUUCACCCUAGAGCUGUCAACUGGAGAGUUUCUCUUUUGGCGGGAAAUUCUCAUCUCCCGCCAAAGUUUUAGAUUCCAUGAUUUUUCUUCAAAGUGUUAAGGCUGAUUGCUCCCUGCCAGUAAUAAAGACUUUCAAUGGAUGUGACCUCAUUCUGUUGAGCCAUUCAGAGGGCGUCUGGAUAUCAGAUGAAGAGCCAUUCAAGAGCAGCUGUCAUGGCUUUCAAGAGCUGCCAAUCACUCGACCUGAUCCGGAGCUGAAACGUCAUGAUGAACGCUCCACUCGGCGCGUGCCAUAAUCAGGAAUCAGAAGCCUUGAAUUUCUACGCCCGAGUUGUGCGAACAACGACGUGAAUAACCACUACGACGAAAAGCUCACUUUAAAACAUGGACUUGACCAGAUUUUUAGCGUCUUUCGUUCUCGUCGCCCUGACCUCGUGGUCUUUUUCAGAGGCUCUUUGUGGUGGAAAUCUCACUGGAUACUUCGGGGUCAUCAAGACUCCGAACUACCCAGACACGUACCCGAACUUUGCUCAUUGUGUCUGGAACAUCAAGGUCCAGAAAGGGUUUAAAAUACGCAUUCAAUUUACGGAGUUUUCCAUUGAGCCUUUCUUUAAAUGUGAGUACGAUUGGGUGCUUCUGCGUUCUAAUAAUAGUUCAACUCCAAAAUAUUGUGGCAAGAAAGAAAGGCAUAACCCAUACAGACCAAGGAUAUUGACAUCACCGACAAACGAGGCGAAGCUUAUUUUUCACUCUGAUUACUCGAACGAAGAGAAGUAUAUUGGAUUUGUUGCUCAUUAUGUUGCAGUAGAUACCGACGAAUGUAGCAAGAAGAAAGGCCAAUGUGAUCAUUACUGUCAUAACUAUCUUGGCGGCCAUUACUGUUCUUGUAAAGCGGGCUACGAGUUAUUGAAAGAUAGGAAAUCAUGCAACAUUGUCUGCAAAAACCAACAGUUGACAGCAAGACGUGGUACAAUAAUGACACCGGAAUUCCCUGGAUUAUAUCCCAAAAAUUCCAACUGUGACUGGACGAUUUCUGUGGAAAAGGGUUACCAGAUUACACUGUAUUUCAAACAGUUCAAUAUCGAAGCCCACCCCGAGGUACCCUGUCCGUACGACUACCUCAAAGUGUCAGCGGGUAUUGGUCGGCGAUAUGGCCCACUAUGUGGCAAGACACUACCAAAGAAUAUCACUUCCUCUGGCAACUACAUGCACUUACAGUUCGUGUCUGAUGCUACGGGCGCUUAUAAGGGAUUCAAGGCUUGUUAUGAAACACAUGGAAUCAUUUGUCCCAAGCAGAGCGCACCAGAUAAUGGCAAAAUGCAAGGCAACAGCUUCUCCUUCAAGGAUACCUUACAAUUUGAAUGCCUACCUGGGUAUCAGUUAUUUGGCUCGUAUAUAAGGGAAUGUCUGAACUCUGGACGCUGGAGUGGUGUCACGCCAUCAUGCAGACGUCGUACUUGUGGUCACCCAGGGAUGCCCCAACAUGGUUCUAUGAUAUCCCAGGGAUUUCGUUACCUGGAUAACGUUACUUACUCGUGUAAUCAAUUCUUUGAACUCCAUGGUGACAGCGGUAGGACGUGUCAGGCUGAUGGCACUUGGACCGGCUCCAUCCCGAAAUGCAUUGCAACCAACACAGUAUCAUCCAACCAUCGAAAUUUGGCAUGGCUGUAGGUUGGGGGAAAACGAGUGGCAGAGACUCGUUAGCCAAGACUAGUGGUCUUGCUGACACGCUCAAAGAAGCAUGCUUACCAGUUGUCUCCCAAAAUGUGUGCCAGCGUGCAUUCUUAGAUGAAGGUUACACUGUCACUCGAAACAUGAUCUGCGCAGGGCACGCUAGUGGUGGGAAAGACAUUUGUCAAGGGGAUUCCGGUGGUGGAUUAGUCUUCUUCGACAACCAAAACAAUAAGUGGGUCCUUGGAGGGAUUGUUAGCUGGGGAAGUAGCCAAGGUUGUGGUCUUCCAAACAAAUAUGGCGUCUACGUUAAGGUGACAAAUUUUAUUGGUUGGAUUCAGAGAAACCUAUUUUAGACGUUACGAACUAAAAGAAACUUAGCAUAGUAUGGUACUCUGUAUAAAACGAACUAAGACUCCAACAGUACAGCAGUUGCAUUGGGCUUUCUACACACUGUGAGCUGGAAACGAUGCACUGUGAACUGGAAAGUGUGAUGGUAGUAUAAAAGCAACAUUGGGAUAUAAACAAAAAGUGAACUCAGUCUAAAGGAAAAUGGUAGAUUACACCUUCUUGGGACAAUGAAUGAAUUAUGAGCCAUGGCGAGAGAAAUUAGAAAAUUUCUAGAAGUAAAAUCAUCUUUGGAUCCCAGUGGAAACGGGUCUUUGUGAAUGGUAAUGGUACCCUUUUUUAUUUUCACAUGAUGAACAACCAUGACUGAAUCUUGUUCUGGUUAAUGCCUGAUUCUGGUUAGCCUCGCCACGGGAACACAACAACAUCUAGAAAUAAACGUCUUGGAUUUUAGGCCUGAAAGAAUGGUCUUGGCCAUGAAUUUCGUUGGCAUCACUUGGACCAAUUAUAGUACCCCUCUGUUCGCUGAAAUGUAUUUUUACAAUACAUUAUAAGCAUUAUAUUUUUUUAUUAAAAAGAAACUUAGCUGUGCUAAAAGUACGUAGUACAUUGGCGGUGAUGUUUGAUGGAAGAAUCAAACUACUUCGCGAAAUACUCGAUUGACAGCACUAACCCGUGGUAAUUAAUGAGAUACAGGCAUUCCUAUGCCAGUUAAAUGACGAAGACAUGGCGGCCAUGAUGGUGGAAUAGACCAUUUUCGACUUCCAAAUUACCGCUGUGUUUCUUGAUUACAGACUCAUUUACUCAGGGUUAGCCUCGUAUAAGUGUCUAAAUACUCACAAGUACCAAUGGUAAAGUAAACACUUCACAACUUCAUCAAUGCAAUUUGAAAACCACGGAAAUUCUUUGGAAAACACAGAUAUUCUAUAUAAAAUCAAGGCUUAAACCUGAGCAUAGAACUCGAAUCUGGAGUAAUAACAAAGGAGGUUUAUAAUAAAUUCUUUGAUGGAUCCCACCAACAUGGCCGCUAUGACGUAUUGAAAACUAACGUCAGUGCAGCACUUCAUCAUAGGAAGUAGUCAAUUUCGAUAUGAACACGCAGUGCAUGUCGGAAUUUCUCCAAUCCUGUGACCAACUUUGCGAAGACUUCCAUCCAUAAUACCUGCUAUGUCCCUAAAAUUCCUUCAUGGAAAGACUAGAUUCUUUAGAUAUUUUCUAUUAGAUUGCAUAUUUUAUAUAUUUAAAAAAUCCGUGUCCAUCAGUUUGAUCGUGUUAGUCAUCCCGAGGUCGAGGGCAUUGGAGUUAGCAUUGCAGUACAUUGUUGAACUAUCCUAAGGGACAUGUUAAAGAUGGCGUCUAUUUCAUCCCUCAAACAAUCCCACAAUACACUGCAAAGGCUACACGACUCAGGUUUUUCCUCAACUUCGAAAUGGCUUUAAAUACAAACUGUUUGCAUGCAUAUGUAUUACGCUAGAUGCGAAAGUUUUUGCACAUGGGAGGGGAGGGUAACGUUGUGGUAGAAAUAGAAAAAAUUCACAGACCUGGAAAGGUACGCAAUAAGGAACUUUUAAUAAAUUGUCAAGGGAGGGGUAGGGUCUCUAAUGACUACCAUUCUCCCUACCUUCCCCUCCCCCUCUUCUUUUCUUAAAGUCUUCUGCUUAGUUAGCAAUUAUGGGAUACUAAUUUUCUAGAUCUUUUAAUACUAUUUUAAAAAAAGAUGAUGAAAAUCAAAAUUUAUAACAAUAGACCCCUUGCAUCAAUAGACCCAUUGCAUGCGACGUCAAAGCAGCUCAAUUUGGACAGCAAAACAAAAGAAUUGCAAUCUCAUGAGAACUGGAAACUUAUUGUUAUGUCCUCUAAAUAAAGCUACAUUCCGACGUGCUGCAAGGGUUCUAUUCCAAGAACAGCUCGAUUCGGAGGACCAAUUCAAACAAUAUGAUUGUAUUCUUGUGAGAAUAAGAAUUUACUGCUUUGUCCUCCAAAUUGAGCUUCUCUGAGAAUUGUUGCAUGGAAGUUUAGUCCGUGAAAAUAGGUCAUACCUUUUUCCCUUCUUUCCUUCCUUCCUUUCCUUCUUUCUUUCAAACCUCCUUUGCCUGCAUACAAAGUACGGCCUAUCCCAGUACAUCUCCAGUGUAAUAUAACUUAUACAGCACAGCUGACAUCACAAUAGAGUGCAUACCAUAUAUCCGGUCUACUUAGCUUACUUAUUUGUGCAAAUGUGUGCAAUUUCUUAUCAAGAUUUCCAAUGACAUACAGUAUGCACUCUACCAAAAGAGCAGCGUAAAUUAUAUUGCACUUCUAAGUACCUCAAAGUACACCCACCCACCCAGCUACCCAUAAACAAAAUUUUUGCUUUUUUUCUAAAAGUUCACUUUCAUUAAAUAUUUUUCACCGUAAAAGUGAUUGUCAUCUUUCUGGGAAAGUCUGUGGUAGCUUGACUAAAGCACAUUCAAUAAGUAUAAGGUUUUAAAUAACUUCUAUGUAAUCUAUUUUACGGGCAUGUUUCGGUUAUUUUGUAGGUAGAAAUAAACAAACCAAUAAACUGUCAAAAAAUUGUUGAAUUUUCUA